AUGGAAGAGACAGUGGUGAAGAAAGGCUUGCUCUACCUGCUCCAGCACCAGACAUUUGGGAAGGUAAGACUGGCUUCUCCUCGCUGAAUGUUGGAACAAGGUGUUCGCUAAGAUCUCUUUGAUACCCAAACAAAUUAUUGUUUUGAUGCAUUUACAUUCUUAAUCUGAGCAUAUUAGCAUGUCUUUUUAAGAGCAAUAUUUUGUCAUAUAAUCAUCAAAGCAUUGCCAUUCAUUUUUUAGUUUUGGAUUUGAUUGCUGUCGUAUGGAUGCUGUUAAUUUAGCCAAUUUUAAAUAUUCAUUUAAUUUGAGAAGCCAUUCCUCCUUGAUAGGUAGUUCUUUAGCUUUCCAUUUAGAUGCUAUUACUAUCCUGGCUGUGGUGGUCGCAUAUAAGAAAAAUCUUUUUUUCGAUUUUGGUAUUUCUUUUCCUAAAAGGCCCAGUAGGUAAGCCUCUGGUUUUUUCGUUAAUGGGAUUUUAAGCAUUUUUUUCAACUCCUCAUGUAUUUCUCCCCAGACGUACCGUAUUUUUCGCCCUAUAGGACGCACUUUUUCCCCUCCAAAAAUGAAGGGGAAAUGUGUGUGCGUCCAAUGGGGUGAAUGCAGGCUUUCGCUGAAGCCUGGAGAGCGAGAGGGGUCGGUGCACACUGACCCCUCUCGCUCUCCAGGCUUCAGGAAGCUAUCCGCAAGAGUUCCCACGACUUGCGGAGAGCUGCCUCUAUCCCGAAGCCUGGGUGCGCCGAGCAGUCGCGCCCGGGCUUCGGGUAGCUCUCCGCAAGCCGUGGGAGGGUUCCCACGGCUUGCGGAGAGCAGCCUGUUCUGGGGGCUGGGGUCGGGGGAAGCUCGGGCUUCCCCCACCCCAGCCCUGUGCCGGGGGGGAAAAUAAAAUUAUUUCCCCCCUUUAUUUCCCCCCCAAAAAAAACUAGGUGCGCCCUAUGGGCCGGUGCACCCUAGGGGGCGAAAAAUACGGUACUUAAUCGGGGUGCAGCUCCACCACAUAUGCAUUGUUAUACCAGCUUCCUUGUUGAAUUUCCAACAGAGGUUGGAUUUCAGUUUAUAGAUUUUUGCUAAUUUGACUGGUGUUAAAUACCACCUGUAGAACAUUUUGAUGAAAUUUUCUUUUAUUGUACUACAGGCAGUAAACCUUAUAUCUUCCUGGCAAAGUUUCUCCCUUUGCUCUAAAUACAUUGUGUGGCCGAAGUCUCGUGCCCAUUUAAUCAUUGUCUCUUUCACUUUCACGUCAAUCAUGUCCAAAUCUAGCAAAAGGUUAUACAUUUUAGAUCGUAAUUUUUUGUUGUUUUUAAAUAAUGUUUCAUGCAUUAAUGAAUUCUCUUUAGCAAAGCCUUUUUUUGAGUCCGAGAUACCCAAACAAAUUAUUGUUCCAUCUUUGCACCUGGCUCUGUUGAACCUGUCUAUGGAAACUGAACAGGAUUUGAAAAGCAAAGAACUGAUUUCUCAUCUCUCUUAACAGCAGCUCAGCGCUGAAUUGACAAACUCUAUAAGGCCUUUCAUCUUAAGAAUUUGGAUUGCUGGUGUUCAAGGGUUUGGCAAAUUGCCCUUCUUGAAUAGAUACAUCAUAAACUAAAAGUAUCUAAAGGGCAGAGUGUGAAAAUAUAUAUAGAGAGAGAGACAGAGAGCAUUAUUUCAUUUCUUAUGCCAAUUCUGAGAGUUGUGGUCACUCAUUGCCACCAGUCAGGGCCGGAUUUAGAUUAGAUGAGGCUCUAAGCUAUUGAAGGUAAUGGGGCCCUUUAUAUAUCCAGCUGUCCUUUGUCAACAACAAAUUGUCACUGUUUUUUGUGUUGAAUAUAUGCUUAUAUGGUAAUUUAUGGACCUAAUAGGUAUCUAAAGCCAUUUGCACAUAACAAAAUAUGUAUUUUCUCAAAGUAAUUGAUAUAGAAAUGAGCAAACCAGUGAUAUUUUAGGGAGCAGGAGGGGCCCAUUACUUACAUCAUAGGAGCCUACACAACACAAAACACUGUUGCUGUAUGUAGGUUUUAUUUUAUUUGUUUUAAAUCUUAUAUUUUGGAAAUGUACAUCCAGUUGUUGUUUUUCCUUUAAUUUUUUGGGGGGCCCCGAGAGAAUGGGGCCCUAAGCUAUGGCUUGUUUAGCUUAUACAUAACUUCAGCACUGCCACCAGUGUAUGUAAAUGUCUGGCUCAGACAUUUAAGGCUAGAACCUUUCUUCUCAAUAAUGAUGGAACUCACAAGUGGGAAAUGCUUUUAUAUUUAUACAUAUUUAUGAUUUGUAAAUGGAACCUUCGUAUGAGUUAAUACUUUAUUAUUCCUUUGGAGCUCUGCUGGAUCUGUGUAUUUUUGUCCUUACAGGCUGUGAUGCUUUAUGGUUUACAUUUUGUAUUCCUUUUUGUUUUUGUUACGCUUGCACUUCUUCUUCUUCUUCUUCUUCUUCUUUUUCUUGUUGUUAAUAAAUUAAUACAAUUUAGCGCAAAAAAAAAGACCGGCUACUCCUUCUCCAGCCUCGAACCUCCUUUUUUGCUUUAGGCUAGAAGCUCAGGGAUCACUUCCAGCAGGCUCCAGGUAUCUUGCCUCUCCCGUCCUUUGAAAACCCUUUAAAAAUUGCUCUGCUCCCUCUGAAAUUUGGCCCCACUUUGCCUCCGAAUGUAUAAAUUAUUGUAACUCACCCAGGGAAUUGCUUGAUAAAGGGCAAAUGAAAAAUACUCUUAACGAAGAGAAAGAAAACAGGCGAAUUUCUUCAACGCGCAGGCUGCGCCCUGAAUUCUUUUAAGGAUCAGGCUGGAUAGAGCCCAGCCUGUCCAUAGGCAGGAGCUGAACACGGGGCUUAAACACACACACACACACACACACACACACACACACACAAAUACACAGAGAGAAAGAGAGAGAGAGAGAGAGAGAGAGAGAGACCCCAGUUUCCUUCUCCCCAUGAACUUUCACAUUUGCUCUUUUUCACCCUUGCUAUUGUUAUAAGAAUUUUAAGGUCUUAUAUAUAUAAACUAAAUGUAUAAACCAUGUGGAAAUACAGGGGAAAUACAGGGUCCCAAACCACCUCAGUUUUGUCAGUUGUGGGCGUGUCAAGGCCCUGCCUGGAAAUCUUGGAGAAAUAUUGCCUUAGCACUUCUUUCAAACUUUGUUGUUGUUGUUGUUGUUUAGUCGUUUAGUCGUGUCUGACUCUUUGUGACCCCAUGGACCAGAGCACGCCAGGCACUUCUGUCUUCCACUGCUUCCCGCAGUUUGCUUCGAGAACACUGUCCCACCAUCUCCUCCUCUGUUGUCCCCUUCUCCUUGCGCCCUCCAUCUUUCCCAACAUCAGGGUCUUUUCCAGGGAGUCUUCUCUUCUCGUGAGGUGGCCAAAGUAUUGGAGCCUCAGCUUCAGGAUCUGUCCUUCCAGUGAGCACUCAGGGCUGAUUUCCUUCAGAAUGGAGAGGUUUGAUCUUCUUGCAGUCCAUGGGACUCUCAAGAGUCUCCUCCAGCACCAGAAUUCAAAAGCAUCAAUUCUUCAGCGAUCAGCCUUCUUUAUGGUCCAGCUCUCACUUCCAUACAUCACUACUGGGAAAACCAUAACUUUAACUAUACAGACCUUUGUCGGCAAGGUGAUGUCUCUGCUUUUGCAGUAUAGAAAGGUUUUUUUAUGACUAGAGAAACAAACCUUCAUGUAUGUUUUUUCUCCCCCUCAGAAAUGGCGGAAGUUCUGGGCUGUCCUGUACAGGGAAAGCGCCUGCGCCCCGGCCCGCCUUGAGCUCCUUGAGUCGGUGGAGAAAGCCAAGAAAGGGGAUAGCAGCAGACGCAUCAUCAAGUUGGAGGACUGUGUGCAGGUGGCUGAGGCAGGUGGAGAAACCGGCAGCCCCAAGGAGACAGCCCCUUUCUUCCUGGAGACCACCGAGAAAUGCUACCUGCUGGCUGCUGAGAGGGCCGAGGCGGAGGCCUGGAUCCUGGAGCUGUGCAAGCUUGCUUUCACUGUGAGGAAAAUGGCACUCAGUAGUAUAGGUCAUGUCUCACACAGAGGGAGGUGUGGAAAGCUGCACCUCAUCAUCCUGUGUGUGUAGCAGUUUAGAAACUGCCUUUCACUGGCCCAUGGUCUGUCAGAGGACUGACGAAAUGAAAUCCUUCUUCACAUAUAGUUAAACUUUGGAAUGCCUUGUCGCAGGAGGCAGUGAUGAUGACCCCCAACCAGAGAUGGCUUUUUUUUCUUCAUUAGAGCAGUUUUUAUUAAUUUUAAAAAACUACCAGCUUUUAGGGACGCGGGUGGCACUGUGGGUUAAACCACAGAGCCUAGGACUGGCCGAUCAGAAGGUCGGCGGUUCGAAUCCCCGCGACGGGGUGAGCUCCCGUUGCUCGGUCCCUGCUCCUGCGAACCUAGCAGUUCCAAAGCACCUCAAAGUGCAAGUAGAUAAAUAGGUACCACUCCAGCGGGAAGGUAAACGGCGUUACUGUGCGCUGCUCUCGUUCGCCAGAAGCGGCUUAAUCAUGCUGGCCACAUGACCUGGAAGCUGUAUGCUGGCUCCCUUGGCCAAUAAAGCGAGAUGAGCGCCACAACCCCAGAUGAGUCUGCGACUGGACCUAAUGGUCAGGCCCAGGGCUUGUCGAUCAGAAGGUCGGCGGUUCAAAUCCCCGCAACGGGGUGAGCUCCCGUUGUUUGGUCCCUGCUCCUGCCAACCUAGCAGUUCGAAAGCACGUCAAAGUGCAAGUAGAUAAAUAGGUAGCACUCCAGCGGGAAGGUAAACGGCGUUUCCGUGCGCUGCUCUGGUUCUCCAGAAGCGGCUUAGUCAUGCUGGCCACAUGAGCCGGAAGCUGUACGCCGGCUCCCUCGGCCAGUAAAGCGAGAUGAGCGCCGCAACCCCAGAGUCGUCUGCGACUGGACCUAAUGGUCAGGGGUCCCUUUACCUUUAUCUUACCAGCUUUUAGUACAGUUCCAUGCAGUAGCUUCAAUACAGGUGUACAGCAGCAGACAAUGUCAUAAAGAACAAAGUUAGUCAGUUAAAGGGAAAGAUUGCAGGGGAGGGUUGUGUUUUUUGCAAGAGUAAGAAGAAAGCAACAUGAAUUAGGGAAUGUAUAGAGUUUUGUUUAAAUUAAAGCAAAAGCUCUGGAGAACUGAUUUAAACAAAACUUAUGCAACCAUACAUUGUGACAUUAUGUUGGGGAAAAUAGGAGAAACACUUGUUGAGGAUUCUGACUGGAAACCAGAGAUGGCUUUAACAGAGGAUUAGACAAAUUCACGGAAGAGGCUAUUGUUAAAAGAAAAAACCUGCUCCUUUCCCCUUACGGGGUAUCCAAGAACCCGUAUAGAGCCCUAUCGGUAGGAGAAAAUAACAGAGGCCAAGCAGAGUAUAUUGAGAAGCAAAGCGGCUAGUAAGCUUGAACUUUAUUAAACUGUUGUAACAGGGUCCCCGCUCACCCCACACAAGAGGGAGAACCCUGAACAAUGGUGCCCAAGCCCUUAUAUAGACUUUUGAAAUUGCCCAAGACCACCCCACAAAACAUCAUACAUAUAUCACAGAAGGAGGUGGUCUACAGCAGAAAUCCUGUCUGGCAGGAUACCUGAUAAUGGUCGCUGAUUGCUUUACCUGGGCAGCCUGGCCAUUCUUUUGUGAAUACUUUAGUUUCUGAGUCCAGGUCACAGGCUUAUCCUAUUCAGACACAAAUACGCCCUAAAGACAGGAUUUGCAAGCAAAAAGAGAAUGGGAAGGCUUUCCCCAUUUGCCUCCCUUACUGCAGAGGAAUAUUUGAGGUCAUUGGGAGAAUCAAAAUGGCUUCAGGAUUGCUCUCCCUUACUAUUUGAGACACUUAGUUCAUAUAUUUACUGUAGAUAUGUGUGCAUUUAAGAAUAUUUAUUUUAUAUUUGAGACCUUAGAAUUCUUAUAAUAAUAUGGAUGGCUCCUAGCUAUGGGGGCUGUGCUUUGCCCUCCACAGUCGGAGGCAGCAAUGCGUCUGGACACCAGCUGCUGGAAACUGAAGGAGGGGAGAGGGCUGUUGUUGUGUUCAUAUCCUGCUUCUGGGAUUCCCUUUGAAGCGCAUCAGUUCUCAACCUGUGGGUCCCCAGAUGUUGUUGGACUACAACUCCCAUCAUCCCUAGCUAGCAAGGCCAGAGCUCAGGGAUGAUGGGAGUUGUAGUCCAACAACAUCUGGGGACCCACAGGUUGAGAACCGCUGCGAGACAUGCGCUUGGUCACCAUGAGGACAGGAUGCCAGACUCCAUCCAGCAGAGGGCUGGAUGCCCUUUGGCUCCAUCCAGCAGAGGGCUCUUCUUAUAUUUGUGAGAAACAACCAAAGCAUGCACAAACCCCUCUAAUUCUAAGGUGUCGAAACAAUAAAAUAAAUGUUCAUAAAUACACAGGGUGGGUGCACACACAUAGGUACAUAAGCCAUAGUUUGAAAUGGUGCAGGAGAACAAUCCUGGAGACAUUUGGACUCUCACCUCAAAUAUUUCUCUUUGGUAGCAGGAAAACGCCUUUCCAGAUAGUUGUUUUUUACUUGUAAAUCCUGUAAAUAAACAAACUGCUUGGAAUGAAGGGGUUUACCUACCUCUCUGCAAAACCGGCCUGGCAAGUAUCUGUUAAGCAGAGCAGACCAGUCAACAGAGCAUCUCCUUUGUAUCAAUAGGUGUGAAUUUGUGAAAGGAUUCGGGAUAUUUACCAUUUCAAAAGGAUGGCCCAGACUGAUCAAGAUAGGGCCAUCAGCAAAAAACAUCAUCAGAUAUCUUGACAGACAGGAGACAAGCCACUCUCUCAAAUUUCUGUUGUAGACUGCCUCUUUCUGUGACCCGUGUAGGAUGCUUUUGGGUGGUCCUUGGCUAAGGGGCUGGGAAAUUUCUUUAAAAGUUCUUUCACACCUUUGUUCAGGGUCCUCGCCUCCUACCUAAGGUGUGGAGGAGACUUUUGUUGUAACAGGAAAAUAAAGAUCUGCCUUGCUUUCACAGGAUCCUGCCUCAGCUGAUGCUUCUCUGAGGUUCCUCUGAUAUGGAACUUGGGGGACCCUUGAGUCCCUUAAUGGGGAGCUGGGCUGUAGAAACCACACACCCCGCUGUUUUCUGGUAACAAUAUGUUCUCUUUGGGUUUUAGAGAAGCACUGAAGACUGGAAAGUGAUGCUGGAGAAGGAACUCCUGAAGGGCAAGGCCACGUCUCCCACUGCUCUCUCCAUGGAAGAGAAUUCCCUGUACAGCACCACCUGCAAAGGUAGGAGAGGAGAGCAAGAGACCCCGAGUUGGGCAGGGAGCAAAGAGGAAGGGGCUGCCACCAUCGAGAGAUGGUGCUUGUGUUAUGAGUCGAGGACCCGCCACCUGCAUAGGAGUAUAAUAAGACACAAAGACACAUUAUUUUAGGUUAAUGGGCAAAAUUAGGCCACAACUUUUAUUGGUUACAGCAUGUGAGUAGUAUUGGCUUAGGCACUGGAUGAAACAGCAAUACAAGACUCCACCCCGCAGAGCCAGGAGUCAUAUCAGGGUUAAUAAUAAUAAUAUAUUUAUACCCCGCCCAUCGGGCUGAGUUUUCCUAUCCACUCUGGGCGGCUUCCAAUCGAGCAUUAAAAACAAUACAGCAUUAAAUAUCAAAAACUUCCCUAAACAGGGCUGCCUUCAGAUGUCUUUUAAAGAUAAGAUAGCUGCUUAUUUACUUCACAUCUGGUGGGAGGGUGUUCCAUAGGGCAGGUGCCACUACCAAGAAGGCCCUCUGUCUGGUUCCCUGUAACCUCACUUCUUGCAAUGAGGGAACCGCCACAAGGCCCUCGGAGCUGGACCUCAGUGUCUGGGCUGAACGAUGGGGCUGGAGAUGCUCCUUCAGGUAUACAGGACCAAUGGGAGGAGCUUGUUGAUGCAAAUACAACUGGAAGCUCCCCCGUGACGUCACCGGGGGUCGUGCCAUGGCCCUAGCCACCAGCAGGGCAUCGGACAGGAUCUACGACCUCCGGAUUCCUUUAACGGAAUACCCAAAAGAUGAGGGGUAGAUGAUGGCCCAUACGCAAUCCUCCAACACAGCACACAUAUUCCAAUGCCUAACCGCCUAUACCAGAAAGUUGUGACGAAUUGCUACGAGGCAGGCGGAAAAACCAAGAGACUGGUGCCAAUUUGCCAAAUGGAUAAAAAAGUCCUACCAGGCCCCUUGGGCAACCAAGGCAACCAAAUGAAAUCCAUAGCAAGGUCAAUACGCAAAAGAAGAAGCUGACCUAAGAGGGAGGGAGGGCGGGAGAUCCGAAGAAAGCUGGAAAAGGCUGGGAGCUGAGCGCUGCCGCGGCUGUUUAAAUGCGGCUAGCCCCACCCACCAACUGGCCCUAUUGGUCGGCUGGAAGGCUUGGCUGCGGCAGCAGAAGCAAUCAGGAGCAGGGAGCUGAGCACGCCUCCCUGCCCCAGCGGGAAGCUGCUCCCGCUCACAACCCCUCCCCUCUGGGAGGAGGAGAGGCCUUGUAAACAAAUUGUUUACAACACUUGCAAGCAGAUUUAUGUUUAGUUGAGAUUCCUGCAUUGCAGGAGGUUGGACUACAUGGCCCUUUGGGGGGCGGGUGGUCCUUUCCACUUCUACAAUUUCAUGAUUCUGUGUCGGGGGGAAGACCGAAAGGAUCAGCUCUGCAUCUCCAGCUGCCCAACACUACUCUUAGAGCUCCAGCAUUUGAACCAAGACGAUGUUCUGUUCUCCUUGGGGCUCUGUGCUCAAAGGUGGGGGCUAGGCAUGCAUGCUAGUGAUGUAUGGAAGUGAGAGCUGGACCAUAAAUAAGGCUGAUCACCGAAGAAUUGAUGCUUUUGAAUUCUGGUGCUGGAGGAGACUCUUGAGAGUCCCAUGGACUGCAAGAAGAUCAAACCUCUCCAUUCUUAAGGAAAUCAGCCCUGAGUGCUCACUGGAAGGACAGAUCCUGAAGCUGAGGCUCCAAUACUUUGGCCACCUCAUGAGAAGAGAAAACUCCCUGGAAAAGACCCUGAUGUUGGGAAAGAUGGAGAGCACAAGGAGAAGGGGACAACAGAGGACGAGAUGGUUGGACAGUGUUCUCGAAGCUACCAGCAUGAGUCUGACCAAACUGUGGGAGGCAGUGGAAGACAGGAGUGCCUGGCGUGCUCUGGUCCAGGGGGUCACGAAGAGUUGGACACAACUAAAUGACUAAACAACAACAACAACAACAGGCAUGCUUGCAGCGUGCACCACAGUGGAGCCUGUCUUCCAAGAACUGGCAUGUAAAGUGCUCACUCUGGCCGAGGCGGCGUCAUGGAAAAUCUGCCUCCGCCUUAGCACUCGCUCGCCCUCUUCCUGACUGUGGUUUUGCGGGCCGUGCAGGGCUCUCACUGAUACGGCUGCCUGAUGCUCCCCAGGCACUUAUCGUCCCUUCCCCAUUUCCUGCCCUCCUCCCUCCCCCCACUUGUCCUUGUUAUAAGAAUUUAAGGCCUCAAAUAUAUAAAUUAAAUGUACAAGGCAAACACGUACAUAAAUACAUAAACCACAUGUCUGAAACAGUACAGGAAGACAGUCCUGAAACCAUUUUGACUCUCCCAAACUGACCAAAUGUUUCUCUGCAAGCAGGGAAGAACUGAAAAAAAACAUCCCCAUUGUCUCUGUGCUCACAGAUCCUGCUUUAAGGGCACAUUUAAGGUGUGAAUAGGGUGAGCCUGAGACCUGUGACCUGGAUUCAGAAAUUAAGUAGUUAUAAGGUUCGAAUCCCAGCGACGGUGUGAGCUCCCGUUGCUCGGUCCCUGCUCCUGCCCACCUAGCAGUUCAAAAGCACGUCAAAGUGCAAGUAGAUAAAUAGGUACCACUCCGGCGGGAAGGUAAACGGUGUUUCCGUGCGCUGCUCUGGUUCGCCAGAAGCGGCUUAGUCAUGCUGGCCACAUGACCCGGAAGCUGUACGCCGGCUCCCUCGGCCAAUAAAGCGAGAUGAGUGCCGCAACGCCAGAGUUGGUCAUGACUGGACCUAACUGUCAGGGGUCCCUUUACCUUUACCUUUAAUAACAAAAGAGUGGCCAAAACCCAGAUAAUGCAAGCAGGUAACCUGCCAGGCAGGAGAUAAACAACACACUCAGGAUUCUGUUUUAGAUCGCCUCCUUCUGUGAUGUAUGUAUGAUGUUUCUGGGGAUGGUCUGGAGUUUGAGGGUGGGCAAUUCCAAAAGUCUAUAUAAGGGCGGGCACACCUUUGUCCUGGGUCCCUCCAGCCCCUCCUGUGUGUGGAGGAGCACCCUGUUGCAACAGCUUUAAUAACAAUCAGGCUUACUAGCUGCUUUGCUUCUUAAUAUUCUCUGGUUGGCUUCUGUUAUUUUCUCCUACCGAUGGAGAACCUACAAAGGACUCUAUAAGGGCUCUUGUGGACCCCAUAAGGGAAUAAGGCCAAUUGUUGUUGACAACACCUUCAGUGUCCUUGGGCGGAACCUGCACCUGAGAAAGCGGGCUGGGGGCAGGACUUUGGAAAGAAGCCUGCGAUGACACGAAAUGCCAUUUUAUUUCAUUAAAUUUAUGCACCGCUUGAUUGUAAAAAGACAGAGAAAACUUUUCAAAGCAGGUUUGCAAUGAGAAUAAAGCAAUAAUUUUUUUAAAAAAACCCUCUUUAAAACAUUCAGAAGAUAAACUCAGCAUUUAACUAAAACAUACAGCAGAAUACUACAUGUCUGGGCUGGCUUCUCUAAACAAAAAUGUGUUUUAGCAGGCGCUGAAAAGGAGCACAGAGAAGGCACCCGCCCCAUGUCAAUAGGCAGGGAGUUCCAAAGUGUGGGUGCUGCCACAGGAAAAGAAUGGGGGCCACUUGCCACGAUGGCUAUGAAAUCGUGCUUCUGAAAACCAGUUGCAUGUGUCCCAUUAGGGCAGUCAUAGGCAAACUUAGCCCUCCAGAUGUUUUGGGACUACAACUCCCACCACCCCUAGCUAACAGGACCAGUGGUCAGAAAUGAUGGGAAUUGUAGUCUCCAAACAUCUGGAGGGCCGAGUUUGCCUUUGCCUGCAUUAGGGCAUCUGGUUGGCCACCGUAAGAACAGGAUGCUGGACUAGAUGGGCAUUGGCCUGAUACGGCAGCCAGGAUCUUUUUAAGUUCUUAUGUUUCCUUCCAGCUGCUGAGAGGCAGUUUCCCGUGGCCGUGAGGGCAACCGAGGCCUCUGAGCGCUGUCAGAUCUGGGGCAUCUUCUUUCUCUGUGCCAAAGCGGAUGCCUUGGAGCUGCGUGACAAGCAAGCGGGGGAAGUGAUCUACACCUGGCCGUACAAGUUCCUGCGGAGAUUCGGUCAUGACAAGGUAAUGGCUGUGGGGUGUUUGUCUCCGGCGCAGCACAUUUCAGGUGUGCGAUGCCAGACAGUUGCUGUUCCUAAGCAGACUUCGUGGUGUGGAUAGGAAGUUGCCAGUGACCUGGUACUGCCUCCUUUCCGCUGACCAUGCCUCUCAGAUGUGCCUCCUUUCCAGAUGUGUUUCCAUUGCCUGCCUCCUUGCUGCCCCUUCCUGAUUGUUUAGGGGGGGAGAGGGAUGUCCUGCUCACCUGCUUUUCCAUUGACAGUGUGCUCCCGCCUCGGGUGGCAGUAGGAGAUGCUACGCCCCUGGAGAAGCGCAGGAGGCAGCUGAGAUGGGAGCCAAGUCUGGGAAAUGGGUGGUAGUGGGGGAAUCAUGAUGUGCUGGUCCCGUGGGUUACCCGAGAGGCGAGGUCCAAUUCCGGUCCAUGGUCAAAGGUGCAACGUGGAGGCAGUCCGUAGUAGCGGAAGCUGGGUGCAGGGCAGGGAGUCGGGUGAACAGGCUUGCAAGCAGGGAGCCAGGGCGGGUCAGGAGCUCAGGCAGGAAAGCAGGACAGGGUUCAGGCAGGAACUAGCAACCAACAAUGUUGCUCCUGCAACCUGGGAAUGGGCUGGCUGGCUUUUAUCUGCCCCGAGGCAUAGGGCGCCCCAAUCCUCUGGUGACUUGCCUCUCCUGGCCUGGAGGCGAGCACUCCUCCUGCGGGAACUUAGUUCCCUCCGCCUCUCUGCCUUCAGCCUCUGCAGUUCAGGAGAGGCUGGAGGGUUACCGGACUCAGAGGCAACCUCAGCUUCCUCUGACGGGGCUGAGAGUGGAGCACCUGCAGGCAAUGGGUCCUCCAUCACCUUAGGAGCCAGAGCAGACUCAGCUGAUGCCUGCACCUGAGGACCCAGCACAGGUGAGGACCCUUCGGGCUCAUGCCCCAGCCCCGGCUCAGCUGGUUCUGGAGGCGGGGAAUACUGUGCAGGCUGGGAUCCCUCAGGUUCAGCAUCCGAGUCCGAAUCCCAGGCCAUCACACAUGAUUUUGCAGAAACAUUUCCUGUCUUUGGAGGAAGUUUUGUGUCAGCUGGGUGGGGCUUUCCUGCCCCCCUCCACUCUGCCUCCUGCAGGAUGCCCUGAGUUUUUCGCUUCCCAAAUCCCAGGGAAGGAACCAUGCAGAGGAAGUAAGUCUUGUAUUGCAGGGGUUUGGAUUAGAUGACCUGUUGGGCCUCUUCCAGCUCUACAAUUCUGUGUUUGAGUUCUUUAGGGUGAUGUCUUGGGGCUGAACCAGAUGUGAAGAUGGAGGGCUGUGAUGGGAACUCCCAUCUCACAGUUUCCUGGUCCUACCUAAUAUCUGCCACCCAACCUUGGCGGUCCUAAGUCUCACCUGGCUUUGCCUAGCAGAGAGGAGCAUUUUAAGUCCCACGGGAAGCAGCGAGGGCCACCAACUUGCAUAGCUUUUAAAGAGCAUUGGAUAAAUUCAUUGGAGGAGAGGGCUAUCGAAGGCUACCAGCCAUGGUGGCUCUGUUCUGCCUCCACAAUUGGAGGCAGCAAUGCUGAUGAAUACUAGUUGCCAGAAACCACAGGACGGGGAAAGUGUUCUUGGGCUCAAAUCCUGCUUACUGGUUUCCCAAUAGAGGCAUCUGGUUGACCACUGUGAAAGGGGAAGCUGGACUAGAUCCAGCAGGCCUGAUCCAGCAGGCUCUUCCUAUGUUCUUAGAAGAUGGAGAAUUGUUAUGGGAGCUCCCAGCUCCCAGCCUCCUGGUCCCAUUGGCUCUCUUCUCACCUUGAUGGGCCUCACCUGACUUUGCCCAGUAGAGAGGAGCAUUUCAAGCUGCUGGUCCACUUGUCCCUCCCUACAGACUGACCCCAGGAGACCUUGUGUUUCUUCUCCUAGGCCAUCUUCUCCUUUGAAGCUGGGCGGAGAUGUGCCUCUGGAGAAGGCAGCUUUGAAUUUGCCACCAAGCAGGGCAGCGAGAUCAUCCAGGUCAUUGAAGGCGCCAUCAGUGCUCAGAGGAACUCCACCUGUGCAUCUUCAGGUGCCACCCUUCUUGCCGGCGCAGCCAGUCCAGCCAAGCCUGUCGAAGGUGCCCAGGGAGGGAAAGCCACUGUGCUGGUAGAAGGGCAGUCAUUCCGUACUGCAGGCACCAAAUCCCUCUCCUUCGAGUCCACCUGGCAAGGAAGAUCAGCAAAGGGCAGGUUAGUCAAGCCCACGGCCAGCUGCCCUCUCUCCAGCACCAACUGCCCCUACAUGGAGGGGUCUGAUGCCCACCCCAGGCGAGAACCCCAGCAGGAAUCAGUGUCUGAGUACUUGGAGCCAUUUGAUGCCAUCUCCAAGUCGUUGGGAAGCUCAGGUGGCAGCUGUUUCCCCCUGUCUAGCGCCGAGGAGCCACCGGGGGCAGCGGGCCUGCAUGCCAGGACCAGAGGGUUGGGCCUGUCCCCUGCCUCUCUGGGGCUGCACCACAUCUAUGAUGACCCAGAGUGUCUGGCUCACCUGGUGUACGAUGAGCCCCAGGAGUUCACAGGGGACGCCUGGAAGGUGCAGGCCACUCCUGAGGACCCUAUCGGCCACGAAUACCCCUACAACCCAAGCUUGGAUGACUACUCUGUGCCUAAGAUGGCGGCAGCGUAUGCCCCCGUGCAAGAUCAAAAUGGGCUUGGAGAAAGUGCAUAUGAUCAGGUGAUAUUGAGCCUCAAGAACAAGAAAAAUGCACAGUGAAAGGAGAGGAUGGAUGGAAUGAAUGAAUGAAUGAAGGAGUGGAUGGGAAAUGAGAGGAUCGCUUUGUUUCAUUUGUUGUGGGAGAUGAGCCAGGGUGCAGCCUCCCUGCCUGCCCUCCUCUCAGAGCUCAAGUACCGUAUUUUUCGCUCUAUAAGACACACUUUUCCCUUCCUAAAAAGUAAGGGGAAAUGGGUGUGCGUCUUAUGGAGUGAAUGCAGACGGGAGGCUCUGCUCAGCUCGCCCUUUAAAGAGCCGUGCGGAGCGCGUGUGCAGCUCUUUGGGGAGAACGGCUGCCCUUCUCCCUCCUCGGGGAAAAGCCCCCAGGAGCCGCACACACACUCUGCACGCUCUUUAAAGGGAGUGCGGCUCUUGGGGGAGACUUAGCCGCACGCAGCCUCUCCUGGGCAAGGGGAGCCUUCAUCCCGCUGCCCGGGAGAGGCUGCGCACGGCUAUCCCAUAAGCCAGGACAGCAAGCGGGAUCGCUGCGCAGCUGUCCUGGCUUCUGGGAUUCAGAAUAUUUUUUUCUUGUUUUCCUCUUCCAAAAACUAGGUGCGUCUUAUGGUCUGGUGUGUCUUACAGAGCAAAAAAUACGGCAUGUUUAUAGGGGAAGUAUGCUGACCCUUUGUUGCGACCUCUAG